UCCGUCCCGCGCGCUAGCACGGUGUGCAGCGUGGAUUGAUCGCGAGGAGCGGUGCUAAGGUUUUAUUUUCGGAUUCGACGGCUGAAGGCCCUUCUCAUCAGACAUGUGUGCAGCAGUGUCAGCCCAGGAGAUGCUGCAGGCUGCUAUUCAAACAAAGGUGGUCCCAAAUCAGGAGUACCUGCUGCAGGGUAGUGUUCUAGACAGCGCCAAAGAUGUGCUGAUCCACCGCCUGCGCGGUCUAGCCGACAACGUGGACGAGCAGGUGGAGACGUUCCACGACCGCGAGAGGGUGCUCACCCUGGGCCCAGCGGGCGGUCAGUCGCUGACGCUGUACGUCAGGCAGGCCGUCGACCAUCCGGACGUGCCUUGGACCAUGCGCUACAUCGGCCAGCCCGAAGUGGGUGACAAGAGCCGCCCGACCGUGCUGCGAAACAGCAUCGAUGUUGGCUGCACUCCGAACGUGCUGGAGUUCCUCUCGGAGAUGGGCUUCAAGCAGGAGUACGAGUACAUGAGCAAAGGCUUCAUGUUUCGCAAGGGACGUAUGAAGAUUCUGGUCUACAAGAUAUACAAGGGUCCCGAGCUGGCCCGCGAACGCUGCUGA